AAGAGCUCUCUGCCAAACGACCUUUCUCAAUACCUAGUGCGAUCGACUGCAGCGUCAUGGUAACGACGCCAGGCGUCGUUGUACAGGUCCGUAGCGUAGGUAAACAUCUGCUGCCAUAUUUUGUUAGUGUCAUAGUCUACUUCUGGUGGCUUCAACCGUACGGUACUACCCCUACAAUUCCUAUUAUAUUAAGGAAAUGUGCUCCCAUUAUCAGUCUGAUGUAUUUUAUAGUUAUUGUAGGAUUCAAAAAACAAUCCGUAUAUCCAAGAAGAAUAUUCCUGGGUUUAGUAGCAGACUGUAUAGGCGACAUGCUUAUACUCUGGGAUAAACUAUUUUUACUAGCCAUGUUAGCUUUCUCAGUGGGACAUAUCAAUUACAUUAUAGCAUUCCAAUUAAUACCUUUAAAACCACGGUUGGGAUUGGUGUCCUUCUGUUUCGGCAUAGGAGCUGUCGCCCAUUUGUAUCCAGGUUUAGCGAAAACUUUUGUGGUUGGAGUUCCUAUAUAUUGUUUCCUAAUGAAUUUGAUGAUCUGGAGAGCAGCAGCACGUUUACAAACUGAUUGGACUUGGCUACAAUUGGUGACAUGUAUUGGAGCUGUGCUUUUUGGACUAUCAGAUUUUAUAAUUGGUACAAAUCAGUUCUUGGAUCCGAUACCACAUGCUCAGGUUCUUAUAAUAUCCACAUACUAUGCUGCUCAACUUGGAAUAGCUUUAAGCGUCAUGGAGCCACCAUAUUGAUAUUGACAUUGACAUUUUUAAAAUUAUAUAAAGGUAUAAAAUAUACAUAUAUUAUGUUAAUCCACGUCCGACUCAUAUAGAGUAGAAUGGUUAGUACAGUACGUAUAUUAUGUGUACGGCAUGUGUUGAUCAAAUUAUAUAAUGUACCUAUAUUAUGCACUAAAUUAGUGCAACUAUGUAAUUGUGAUAUUAAAUUAAUUUAGGUUUACAGGGUUCUUAAAAUGAUAUUAUAUUAAAUAAAAAGAAAAAAAAGACAUGUCUCUAAGGGACAGAACAAUUUACGAAAAAUGUACUUAUAUGCUAUACUUUUUUAACUUCAUUCGCGUUUGUGUGAUAGAAGACAUUUAUUUUUAACAAUUAAUUAUAUCAUCUGAUUUAGAUAAAUAUAUAUUUUUAACAAGAUGCAAAAACUACGAAGUUCGACUCACCUGAAUUUAACUGAUGUGCCACAAUUAAUUUAUUUAUUCUAAUAGAAAAAUUGUCGUCACGUCGGUGGAGUUGGAAAAUAUUAAUACUUAAGGAAAGUUUAUGUAAGGGUGGGGGUAGUUUUCAACCUUCCCGUACUUUUUCUUGAUUUUUGUCAAAGGCAAAUGUUAAAGCACUUAGCAAAACAUAGACACCUAAAAUAUCAUUCAAGUCGGAAUAACGGUUCUUAAAAUAUCUGAAAAACGUGUUUAUUUUUUUAAAGUUUGAUGCCCCCUAGCGGACAAACGCAAUUUUGCAUAGAGAUAAAUUAUCUAUAGACAGUAGAUAUAUCCUACAUUGGGACACCCUGUAUAUGGGGAUGUUUUUGGUCUUUAGGGAGUACAUACUCUAUUUUCUAUACGGUAUGUUGCAUAGUGCACGGUAAUUUUGCAUACUGUACAAUCAAACAAAAUCUUAAAAAAGACAUAAAAACUAACACUGGAUAAAUAUGAGUUUAUUAUGUCAGCUCAAUUAUUUUUUUUUUGGGAAAAAAUAGGUGUGUCUUUUGUCUUCCAACUAUUUGAAAUAGUUAUAAAUUUAGGUAGACUGCACAAAUUUUAUCUGUGAUUCUUUCUUACGUAGGUACUCAAAGAAAAUGUAAUAGCUAUAAGUUAAAAUUAAUCUAAAGUGUUAUUCUAUUUAAAAUGUUUAGUAGGUAUAAUAUGAAAAUAAAAAUUAGUUCAAUCUG